GUUCGCUUCGUGCGGCGGCUGUCCUAAACCCCCAGGUCCCGGCGUCACCAGCCCCCCGGAGCCACGGAUUUGCCCCAGUUACAGACUUGAGGUCACAUUGGGUGCCUAUUCUCGCAUCCGGUAUGAGACCUCCUAACAGCAAAAAGUGCGAGGUGCCUUCACAUGGCCGUCAGAAUGGUGGAGACCAAGCUUUUCAUGGCAAAUGUCAAAGCUGCGAUGGUGUUGAAAAACCAUCUCAUUCUAGAGAGAAUGGUGUUUCGCUGAAAGAACACCGUGGAACAGGCAGUUUUAAUGGUGAUCAUACUGAUGCUUUAUCAGUAGAUGGGGCGAAAGGUUCUCUCACAAUAUCAGGACAUGUUGACAGCGCAGGUUGUGGUCAUGAUGGUUGUCUUCAUGGCAAUAAUGGUAGUUGCAUGGCCUGCGAUGAUCAAGAGUAUGAUAGAGAACAAGGUGGACAUACCCUGGAUGAUCUGUUCUUCUUCAACGAUGAAGAGGAGGAUGAUAUUGACUGGGAACCUUCUGCUCGCCGUGUUGAGAACAGAUGGUUUUGUUUGAACUGUACAGUACCAAACUUGGAUGAGGUUACACAUUGCCAGAAUUGCCAUGAGCUUAAGGGAUCUGAGGUAGCUGGAUAUGAUGAUUUCAAAACUCACAUUUCACAGACAGCUUUGGUAUCUGCUGAUACAGCAUCGCAACUGGUAUCUACAGCCAUUGGCUUUGACGAAAGAAUGUUACUCCACAGUGAGAUCGAAAUUAAACCAAAUCCACAUCCAGAAAGGCCUGAUCGUCUCCGUGCAAUUGCUGCUAGUCUGGCUGCUGCAGGAAUAUUUCCCUCAAAAUGCGCCUUAGUACCUCCUCGAGAAAUCACUAAGGAGGAACUCAUAAGGGUCCAUACUUCAGAUCAUGUUGAAAGCAUCGAGCAGACCAAGAACAUGCUUUACAGUUACUUCACUUCGGAUACUUACGCAAAUGGACACUCAGCAUGUGCUGCGAAACUUGCAGCAGGUCUAUGUGCUGAUCUUGCUAGUUUGAUACUGUCUGGGGGUGUCCGCAAUGGCUUUGCACUGGUGAGACCUCCUGGGCAUCAUGCUGGGGUAAAGCAAGCCAUGGGUUUUUGUCUUCACAACAAUGCAGCAGUGGCUGCAUUAGCUGCACAAAAAGCGGGUGCCAAGAAAGUGUUGAUAGUUGACUGGGAUGUGCACCAUGGAAAUGGCACACAGGAGAUAUUUGAAGGGGACAAAUCAGUUCUGUAUAUAUCAUUACAUCGCCAUGAGGAUGGAAGCUUCUACCCUGGAACUGGAGCAGCACAUGAGGUGGGAGUUCUAGCUGGUGAAGGAUUCUCGGUCAAUAUACCUUGGAGCUGUGGAGGUGUUGGAGACAAUGACUACAUCUUUGCUUUUGAGCAUGUGGUGCUUCCAAUUGCUGCAGAAUUUGCCCCAGACAUCACCAUUAUAUCUGCAGGAUUUGAUGCAGCAAGGGGUGAUCCUCUGGGCUGUUGCGAUGUCACUCCUGCCGGUUACUCUCGGAUGGCGUCCAUGCUAACUGCUUGUUCAGAAGGAAAAUUGUUGAUUAUACUUGAGGGAGGAUACAAUCUUCGGUCUAUAUCCUCAUCGGCUACUGAAGUUGUCAAGGUCCUACUUGGGGAUAGUCCAAGUCAUAGUACAGAUGCAGCUGCACCAUCAAAUGAGGGCAUGCAGACUGUCUUACAAGUUCUGGAGAUCCAGCAAAAGUAUUGGCCAGUUUUGGUUCCAAUCUUUGCAUCGCUCCAGGCAUUGCAGGGGCGGAGUUCUUCCAAAUAUGUUAAUGGGGAAAACAAACUGAAGAGAAGGAUGCUUGCGACAGGACCAGGGCCCGUGUGGUGGAAAUGGGGAAGCAAGAGGCUUUUGUACGAAGUUCUGUUUGAGGGAUUCGGUCCAAGAAAGAGCAAGGCCAAAGGAAAAUGAAGAUGCACCAAUGAAACAAAACCCUAGUUUGUGUAGUGAUGAUAAAGUCGCCUGACUUGCUGGCCUUUCUUGGCAUGGGUAGUGUAGCUUGCUGAUUGGGGUUCCUAGAGCAGAUUAGCUUGCAAACACAGAGCCAUUUUUUUUGACUGAACAAUUGAACUGUGGUCGUCUUCAUUGAUGAUUUUAGACAAAGUUGGACAGCAGUCCUGUUAUGUAGACAUGUGUUAGUUGCUCUAGCAAUGCAUCAAAAUUUACCAUCGCA